UUUCACAGCGGCCGUGUAUACAGUCGGCGGCGACUCGGCGAGAUGUAGAGUGCGUAGAAACCAUUUUACGCCAAUACGCCAUAUUGUGCAUAUUAUACUCCGAUUUUACAUCAGCUGAAAUUAUUUCUCGAAACUCAUCGCGAAUGUUAAAAUCUUGAUUAACAAUCAUCCUAUAAGGAUCUUCCUUAGGACUGGUCCCGUUUUGCUCACGCAUUAUUUGCUCUGAAAUCCAUAUCGAAGCAGUCGGACAAGUGACUUAACAUCUCGCGGCGACCGCGAACUCGGAGGAGAAAAGGGGAAAAAUGGCGCCAACGCCGAUCAAGAAGAAAACGGGCCACGAACCCAAGGGUCCGGGUGGCCGGCCGAAGCACGAGGUCUGGACCCUCGGAUUCCGGCGAGUGCUCAAACACUGUGACAAAACGCAGCGAACGGUGCACGCUGCCUUCUGCGUUAUUUGCAACAAGGUGCUUUGCAACACUGCCGCCAAGAGAUUAGCCGCUCACAGAAGGAUAUGCAGUCUUGAUCAGACAGAUGAAACUGAGCUGCUCGAUAAGUCUGAAUUAGACCACAAAAUGAAGAUCACCAAGAUCCUGUCGUCCGAUGACUCUGGGAAUGUUACUUUUGUGGAUAUGGAUGACUCUGCACCGUUUGUUAAUGAUCAGUCGACUUCUGAGAUCAGCAAGACUGAGUAUACUUUUUUGGACAGCGUAGAUAGUAUGGAAGAGUUUAGAAUUCAGGCUACAGGGUCUACGCUGACUGACUCAAAGCUGGAAAUGGCACUAGCCAAGUUCUUCAUUGGAUGUAACAUUCCAUUUUCAGUGGCAGAGUCAUCGUAUUUUAAGAAGCUGUGUCUUACAUUGAAUCCCAAUGCCAAAAUGGUUUCUAGCGAUCAGCUGUCAGGUGCUUUGCUUGAUAAUGUAUAUUCAAAGUUUCACAAAGACGUGAAAGUUGGUGCAACCUCUGUUCUGCUCAUUGAUGAAUGGAAGGAUGAGAAUACCAAUACAAAUAAUGUCACUGUCAUGAUUAAAACUGAAAGUAAUGAAACAAUAUUUCUUGAUAAUUAUGAGUUAUCAAGUAGCAUGGAUAUUGUCUCGGAAUUGACAGACAUCACCAAAACUUCUAUUGUAGAAGCUUAUGAUCAAUUUAAAACUGAAAUAUAUGCUGUAAUUUUAGGCAACAGUUGUAGCCUAGUUAAAAUGCAAGCUGCCGGUGAAGUCUGGCAGUUCCCAUGUAACUUGCAUGUUCUAAAACUAUUAACAAAGGAGUAUGUUUCCCAAGACUUUAUGAACACACUGUGCAUAAUUUUGAAACAGUUGAAUACUGUGUUCAAAGAUGACGAAUUAGAGAACAAAAUCAGCAGUGAUCAGAGAUGGCUGAACAGUAAAUGUAUUUUAGACUACUGCAUUGCAAAUCUUGGAACAAUCCAAGCUGUUCUGUCUGCAGAGAAUACAAUCAAACUAUCUAAAGAAUACAAAAGUCUAUUUUUCGAUGAAGACUUUGUUAGAAAAUUAGAGAGUUUCAACAAUUUUUUAGAGUCUGUCAGCGAACUAUCUCUGGUAACUCAAAUGCCUAAGUCAAGCAUUGCAGACACCACAGAGCAAUGGCUGAGUCUUCAGAUAACAGAGGAAGACCCAGAGCUAGCGCAGAGGCUCCAUGCAAGGCGUGAGAGUGUGAUGAACAUUCAGUGCCUUGUAGCAAACUACUUGCAUCCUGCAUACAGAGGUAGAAGACUAACAGAUGACCAAAUGAACAAAGUAGAAGAGUUCUUGUUAAAUGAGCUCGAUUCAGAAGGUCUUAACAGCUUGCAGUUAUAUGUAAACGAAGAUGGUAUUUUCAGGGUUCUAAAUCAGAAGGAAGGUUUGUCUGCACAGACUUAUUGGAGUCUAGCACGAAGAACUCACAGUGAUCUAGCCACUUUGGCUCUGAAGCUUCUGACAAUACCUGCAGCCAUCAGUACCAACUAUUCCAGAAUUUGUAAUACUGUCAAAAACUCAUUGCUGAAGCCUGACAAAACGAGGAAACUUCUAGCCGUGUAUUAUCAUUUGAUGGAGAAGGAAGAGAGGAUAGAAGAAUGAUUAUGACAAACCAGACUAAACUUGAAUACUUCAUCAAGAUGCACAGUAUACUUGAUCGAAAAUCGCUGUAAAUAGUAAUAACCAGUACAUACACAUUAAGCGUUUAAAAUAAGAGGAAACUCCUAUUUGAGCUCCAGCUCCCAAAGCACAUCAGCUGUAAAUAUAGUUUUAAGUCUAUAACUAUUAAGAAAAAAAUAACUAUUAAUAAACGAUUUUUUUACAAAAAAAAAA